AUGCUACUUUAUGCUUUUGAUAGAUCUGUUGCGAAUAGAGAUAUAAAUGACCCAUAUGCGACAGAUAGGACAGAGAGUCAAGUUAAAUUUGGAAUUUGAGGAGUAUUAGUUAGUUUUUCUUUUAUAUUAAUAUUCUUGCUCCCUUCUUGAGUAAGCAAAAUUAAUCCGAAUUUUGUUUUAUGCUGAAAUUUUUGUUAUAGCCUUUAAUAGAUGCUAUAGCGUCUGCAGCGCUAUAUAUUAAAUUCCAGCUAUUCUGUUGAUUUAAUCUUAAAUUAUAAUCUAUAAAGAUAAAUAUUCAAAUUAUCGUAGAAAUUUUUUUUUGCAUAGAACAGAGAGCUGAAGUUAGCAAUCACCAUACUUUAUGUAUUAUUUACUGCUGACUUAUGCCACUCUAAUUGUAAAAGAAACAUCAAAGCAAGAUCCAACUCAUCUCUCGAUAUCGCGGUGGUUGCUUUACAUACAAUCCAAUGUAUUUUAUACUUCGCUACUCCUAAAAGUCAUAUAUUAAAUUCUGAAUUCAUCCUCCUGCUACUAUCUGUUUCUCUAAUAGGUGUAUUCUGGCUUCAACUCCCUUAUUACAAUUUUAUAGGAAACAUAAUAGUAAUUUCCAAACUUUCCUCAUAUAUUCUUAUGAUUUUUUCUUUGAUUUUCUCAAACUUAAUAAACGACGCAAGGGCAGCUUUAUUUUGCUAUAUCAUUUUGCAGCCUAUUCUUUUGCUGAAUAUUUUCCGAAUUCUUAAAGACAGGCAUAACGAAAUCCCUGAUCAGUCUCUUAUUUAUACAGACCAGUUUGAUUUUGAACUAAAAUCACGACAUUUAUUAGUUGAUAAAAACCUCGAAGACAAAGAAAUCGUAGUGGAUUUAUUUAAUGAGCUAUAUAAAACAAAAAGGCUCAUAAUAAACAAGCUGGCUGUCGUUUGGGAAUUUUAUUUUUGUUUUCAUGUUAUGAAAGACGAAAGGCUUGCAAGGGUCAGAUUAGUGAAAAUUCCUAUGGUAAAUAACUGUCUUGAAGGUAGCGUCCAGGAAUGAAAAAUUUUAAGAAAACUGUGAAUGUCAAGAGAUGAUGAUUUAAAUGAUAUUAAAUAUAUUGAAUAUUUACUAGACAUUGAAAGUGCUAACUCCGUCCUUAAAUUUUUGUUGAGAAUUUUUUUUCUAAUAGGAUAUUUUAUAGGGCAAAAUAUAAUUUUUUUUGAAAAUUAUUGGCCUAAUUUUUUUUUUAAAAAAAUAAAUUAACUCCUUUUUCGAUUAGAACAACUUAUCAUAUAUAAAGAGGUUUAGUAAGGUUUAUGAUAAAGAAUUAUGUAUGAGCUUGCUUGUUUUAUUAGCCGAAUUUGUGACAAGAUCGCCGAGGAUUGGCAAACUGACUACAAUUGUGACAAAAGCAACUGAUAUGCUUUGCAAAGUCCAAUCUUCAUACUCGAGACUUAUUGAAACUUAUAGAAACUUGGAAGCAUUUGAUAUAAUAUAGGAACCCUUUUAGCACCCUAUAGUGAGCUUAUAUUCUUAUUUGCUUUGAAAAAAACCAAUCGAUUAUCAAGUCAGAGGAUACCAAAUUGGACUGAGAUGUUCUUUAGGGCACUAAAAGCACUCCAAAGCUAUAUUUAUAUUUCGCUUUCAGAAAAUAUUCUUAGACAUGCUGAUGAAGCCAAUUUAAUAAAAAAGAAAAAAAGCCGAUUUGCAGAGCUGGAUUUGGUGCUUAAAUACGAAAAUUCAUUAAAUAGAUUUGACGACCGUGUGGGAAUUAUUUUGAUUUCUGCAAAUCCAGACUCCUUUGGGACUCUUUCAUAUGUCAAUGAAAAAGCAGCCCAAUACUUAAGACAGCCAAUGCAGUGCUUGCUAGGAACCGACCUAUCUGAUUUUGUGCCAUGGCCUUAUAAUCUCAACCACAAAGAAAUCAUGAAAAAAUUCGCAGCCAGCUGCAAAGACUCCAAUGCCCAAAUUUCUCCUAUAUUUUUCCUCCUAGAUGGCCACAACUUCUUAUUCGAGUGCAAAAUCCAAAUGAAAUACACGGCGCUGGGCUACAAUGCAUUCUUUUUAGUAUCCAUUCAAGUCCACAAUUUCUCCCGCGAGCUUAUUUUACUGUCAUCAGAAGGCCACAUUCUUGGAUUUUCUAGUAAAGUCCCCAGUAUUUUUAACUCCCUUGACCGCAGAAUAUUAAAUCAAGCAAAUAUUACCCAGCUGGUUCCUCAUUACUUCGAAAUUGCCCUUAAUAAACCUUUUUUUAUGCUAUAUGGAGGACAUCCUUUAUGUGUGGUAAAGCAAAAUCUUGUAUUUAAAUCUACGACGCUGCAUCUGCUUUUUAUUGUAUGGGACAAUGAUAAAAUUCAGCAGUUAAAAUCUGGGAAAAGCUUUGAGCAGACUUUUAAAAAUAACUCCCGCAAGCGGAAAGUGAAGGAAAAGUCGACAACUUUUUUGAAUGAAUGAAAAAUGAGAGAAAAAAGGAUUGAAGAAAGGAUUAUGGAUUCUAAAGAGUUUAAUAAGGAUUAUAAAGAAGAUCUCAAUACAACAACUGUUUUAAACUCAACUAAUGGGGAUAUCCAGUCUAAGACAGUCAGUUUAAAUCCAAGCAGCAGCUCAAGCACGUCUAGCAGUAAUAGCUAAUUAGACAUAAUAAAUGCAUUCGCAUUACAGUUGGAAAGAGCUAUCAAAAUCUUCAAGUGGGUUUUAUUGUGCGCAGUAAGGCUUAUAUAGAUUGUAGCAGUUAUUUCUACAAACAUCGCAAUUCUAGCAACAGUGUAUGAAAUUGUAUCUCAUACAACUACCAUAAGGACUUUUUCUGACCUCGGACAGAUUUCUUACUAUAUCACAACUUUAGCUGAUACAGUAAGGUCUAUUGAUCUUGAUUUGAGGCUGAAUAUGUUUAAUUUGACCAAUGAUGUGGCAGUCCUCACUGAUGAUGUAGACCAUUUAAUGAGCCUGCAAAACACAAUUCUGGAUGACUAUGAUGACUGGAAAUACUGCUCAUCAUCAGAAAUUGUCAUAAAUAAAAAAAUCCCUCUAUGAAUUUUCGACUCCAAGCAAAAAAUUGAAGAAUAUAAUCUACUAGAUACAGUCCAACUUUUUAUUAACCAUGUAAAAUACAUUUACUCCCCCCCCCCCCCCUCCGUGAGUGAACAAAAAAAAUUUUGUUCACUGGGGUUAAUGUUUUUUUUUAAAUAUAAAUUUUAUAGAAAAAAAAUUUUUCCGAAAUUUUUAAAAAAAUCCUAAUUUGCAAAAAUUGGGAAGCAAAUAUUAAUUUAAUUUAUAAAAUUUAUAUUUUAAAACACAAUUUGUUUAAAAUUAAACAGAAUUAGCUAUAGAUUUCAUUAUACUAAUUAUCACUUAUAUAUCAAAUUUUUUUUUCAUAAAAAAUUUUUGUUCACUCACGGAGGGUGGGUUUUUGGGCAAAAAAUAGGGAUUUUUCUAAUGGUUUUGUUCACUCACGGAGGGAGGGAGUUAGUGUAAUAAUGUUCUAAACGCUGCAGCCACAAAAGGGCAAUACAGGUCUGAUUUAUUGUUUUUGAUAACUAAUAGCUUAGGGUCAGCUUAUGAUGAAAUAAAUUUAUCACUAAAAGAUCUAGUUGACUGUGAAGUCAAUAGAAUCCAAGACUCAGGAAACAAGGUAAGAGUACUAAUUAUCUGCGUCAUUGUUUUGCUAGGUGUUGUAGGGAUUUUUCUUUCUAUAAGCAUUAUUUUUGUGGAGAGAAAAUACGAGAAAUUCUGAGAGUACGCAAGAGAAAAUGCAUAUAAUUCUUAUUUUCGCUUGAAAAGUGCAGCUAUUGAGAGGCUGUCAAACGUGCAUGGGCUGGGGUCUCCAGAUGAUGAAAAUCUUAAAAAGCUGAAAAAAUCAGAAAGGCUGAACAUUACAUUACAUUAAGAUUUAUAAACUUUACAUCCUUUACGGGGGUGCCCAAACCCAGAGCUUCCCGCUGCAUCUUCUCCAUACCGGGAUUACAAGUCGCUGGGCUGAACUGCUUUGUUUCACCAAGAUGUGCUCCGCGCAGUGUUGCCUACUAAAACGGCGAUAUGCGUGUGAUAUGGGUUGCCUUCUAGGAAAAUCCAAAAAAUGGAUUUUCAAGCCAACUCUCGGCAAAAAGGACCGAGGCGUAACUCUCGGUUUUCACGCUAGGGAGUUGCCAUAAUGGUCUUAGAGACUUUCUUGGGCUUCCCCUUUCCAACUAUUGUGCCCUCCUUCCCUAUGAGGUAAAAUCCAUGCCUGAGAACAGAUUAGGGCUAGGCUCUACUCACUGCUAGAAUUGCUUGCCUAGCAUAGCUAUCCAUCUUUGGUAUGGCAAAACCUUGCAGGAUAUAAUUAAAUAGGGCUUGAGACUGUCUGGCCGGAGCCAGGCUCAAAUUGAGACACCAUAUUUAAAUAUAAAAGGCUGAACAUUAAAUCAGGGAUUUUCAGAAGAUAUAGCUCACGAAUUCUCAUUUUCAUUGUGAUUGCUUUAUCAUUCUACCUAUUAACUCUCUUUUAUCUCUAUGAAAACUGUGAAAACAGCAUGAAAGACCGGCCAAGAGUCCUCUAUAGCUUAAUUUUUACAAGGGCGCUGCUUUCAAAGGUCGGACUAUGGGUCCGAGAGGUAAUCCAUCAUACAUUAUUUGCUCAGUAUCCAGCAGCAUACCAAUUCCCUUACCCAGACCUCGAAUUUGAAAUCGUUAUAAAUGAUUUGGUCAGACAGGUCAAAGAUUUGAGGAGAUCUGACUUUUUAAAGCUGAUGUCUGAUGGGCUAAAAGAUAGGAUUUUUGAGCAAUCUGACGUAGAAAAGCCUAUUUUGAUGUAUGGCUCUAAGUCUGCUAUUGAUGCAGUUAUUCUUGACUCUUAUUCGUACUCGACGACCACUUAUACAAUUUCUAAUCAAAUCCUUUCUUAUUAUAUUGCAAACUACUCUAUUGUCAGAGACGAAGUGGGGGUUAAUUAUGAUAUGACUGACACAGACUCUAAAAAUAAAAUCACUGAAGAGCUCGUCGUGUUUAUUUAUGUGACUAUUGUGUACUCAAUAAUUCUUGCACUUAUAUAUUUAUUAUAUUAUUUGCCGUUUUUAUCGAAAGAAGUGAGGUUUUUGAAUAAGCUGAAAAUGCUGGUCUCAAUUCUUAUAGAAAAAUAG